UGCAUUCUCCAAAUAACAGGUUAAGUAGGUCUGGCAUGAAAAUGGGGAACUCCAUUUCUGGUGCAUAUAUAUAAGGCCUAAUUUGCACUCGUCUAGUGUUUUGUUUUUGGGGCGUACAAUGACAACUCCGUAUUAAUGUAUAUCAAAAAUAAUUUUUUGCAUUCUUCAAAUAACAGGUUAAGUAGGCUUGGCAUGUAAAGGGGGAACUCUAUUUCUGGUGCAUAUAUAUAAGGCCUAAUUUGCACUCGUCUAGUUUUUGUUUUUGGUGCGUACAAUGACAACAGCUAUCUCAGCUUCAUAUGAUGAUUUGUUGUGACUCAAACAAUUGGUGGGGCUUGAGCUUCUGCCAUAAAACCUCAAACUUCCACAGUUUUUUUUCUCCUUCUUUUUCUGCUAACAUUAGCAAGAGAUUGCUUUACAGAAUCGGUGGUGCUUCUUCCAACUCUUGAGUUGAACCCCAACAAAGUGGGGUUGGCUUUUUUUUUUUUUAUCACAAAAGGGUACUCUAACACUAUUUCACCCAAUAAGUUGACCCAAAAAUCCAAGAAGAAGAAGAAGAAACCUUCAACUUUGCCAACACUUCCAACAAAACAUUGACUUCCCGAAUCCUAAACCAACGACUGAGCCCAACCUAAGAAAACCAAAAGAAAAAAAUGUGACACAAAUUGCCACAAAACCAAACAUAAUCGCAAUAUCAACCAACCUUCGCUAUCUCAAGUCCCUAGCAGUGGCAUCUGAAACGUGUCAAGCCAAUAGUACACAAAAAAUGUACCACAAAAACUGUUACACAAAAUCCAAACCGUUCGUACUAAGUUUCCAAUUUGACCAAAUGAGAUUCUUAUUCAUUGUGCAAAUUGCAAAACCCUCUUGUUGCUUUUUUUCCUUGUACAAAAUAUAUGCCUAAUCUCGCAUAUUAUUUAGGACCAAAUAUGCCAAGCAAGAUAUUAUUCUGCCACUGAUUUGGGUGUGCACUAUUGCAAGGAAUCCUUUGAUGGGGAAAUUUUCUUGCUCCCAAGUUUCCUUCUUCUCCUUAUAACGUGGUUUGAAAUCUUGUGGAAGUGAUGGCAAAAAAAAAUUAGUGGUGGAGUGGGUUUGGUGUAGCAUUGAUGGGUUCUAGAAACCUUGUUAUGCUCAAAACACACAUUGGUUCAAUCAAUUUGUCUUUUGCUAAUGGUUUUGUGUAUGAAAACGUGCUUUGGGCCUUGGCUUCUCUUUGGGUUUUCUUCUGCAACUAUGUCAUGUAUUACUUGGGGUUGAUUCUCAGAUACAUCUUCAGAUUUCAUGUAGAAGAUAGGAAAAGUGAGCACUUUGUUCCACAUGAUCUGCUUGAUCAAACCAAGAGAAAUCAGACUGAAGAUCCUAAGGUUGAUGGAGUCGCACAAGAGUUGGCAAAUUUGUUAUUUCCGAUCUUUGAAAAUUUUCAUGUAGCAAUUGAUGAAAGAGAAGGAGAAACAGAGUGCCCUGUUUUAUUGGAGGUAGACUCUGAUAUAAAAAUUCAUCAAGAUGCUAGUAAAUUAGAAGGAGAAACAGAUUGCUCUGUUUUAAUGGAGAUAGACUCUGAUGUUAAUGAAGAUGCAAAGAAAUUGGUAGGAGAAACAGAGUGCUCUGUUUUAAAGGAGAAUGACUCUGAUAUGCAUGAAGAUGGUAGGAAAAGAGAAGGUGAAACAGAUGAGUCUGUUUUCCUGAAGAGUGUUGCAUAUGUUCAUGAAGAUGUUAAGAAAAUUGGUGAAAAUGAAACAGAGAGCUCUGUUUUCUUGGAGGGUGAUUCCAAUUUUUCUCAAGAUAAUAGGGAGAAAGUUGAAGAAGAAGAAACAGAAGAGUCUAUCUUCAUAGAUACUGACUUUGUUGAAGCUAGUAGUUUGGUAGAAGAACCAAGGAUCUUGACCUUCACUUUCCAGCAAAAUUAUAUAGCUGCAAAUGCUUCUUAUAAUGCAUUUUCCAGCACUCAAAAUAUUGCUAAAAUGGAAUUUCAUGAGAAGAAUUUGGAGAAAACCCUUGUUGCUCAAGAAGAAGAGAAUGAGCACUGUGUUCUAGAACAGAGAAACAUCACAUCCAAUUCCACUUCCGGUCAAAUCUUUCAAAUUAAUGCGGUUGGUAGAAGUGAUUCAUCGGAUGAUGAUCACGUUCGACACGAUGGUGACGCAUUUCAAUCUGAUUUUAGGUCAGAAUCAUGCAGCGGCAGCAUUGAUGAUUCGUUAAAACAUCGAAUUCCGAGUUCUAACCAUUCUUGUGAAGGAUUUGAUUUUGUAAGUCAUAAAGAUGAAAGAGUUGAAGACAUUGAGGAAACUCAAUAUUCAUGUGAAAGUGAAGUCUCAAACAGUCAGAAAACAAAAGAAACCAUGUGGGAAGAUAACUUGGAUGAAUCAGAUUUUGAUGAAGCAGAGGAUGAAGAUGAAGAUGAUUUUGAGUGGGAGCAUGAUGAGGUAGUGGAACAAUUGAGAAUGGAACUUAAAAACGCAAGACAAGGAGGGCUUGCCACUAUUUUGGAAGAGGAAGAAGAAGAGGAAACAGAGUCUCCAAAAAAUGUUGAGGAUCUAAAGCCAUUGAAGAUUGAAGAGAAGAUAGAAUUCAAGGAUCACAUUAUUGAAAUUCAAAAGGUUUAUAGGUGCUAUGCAGAGAAAAUCAGGAAACUUGAUGUUUUGAAUUACCAGACCAUGCAUGCAAUAGGGCUUCUUGAACUAAAAGACCCUCUAAAAUUAAUGUCAAUCCCAAAAUCAACCGUCCAAAGUGCAAAACCUCUAUCUCAGAAUUUGUGGCCACGCAAAGCACAAAAGCAAAUAUCUGACCCAAUAUUGAAGUUUGUCCAAGAACUGCAUGGAGAUUUGGAAUUGGUGUACGUUGGCCAGGUUUGCCUCUCUUGGGAAAUAUUGUGUUGGCAACACAAGAAAGUUCAAGAGUUGAAACAAUAUGAUUCACAAUGGCCACGUAGCUAUAAUCUUGUGGCUGGUGAUUUUCAACUUUUUCAAGUCCUCAUGCAACGGUUUUUGGAGGAUGAACCAUUUCAAGGCCCAAGGAUUCAGAAUUAUGUCAAGAACCGUUGUGUUAUUCGCAACUUGCUCCAAGUUCCGGUCAUUAAAGAUGAUAAUACGAAGGACAAGAAAAUAAUUAAGUUGGGUGAAGAGCAUGCAAUUGAUAGUGAAAGGUUGGCACAGAUCAUCAAAGAGUCCAUGCGGGUGUUCUGGGAAUUUGUUAGAGCAGAUAAAGAUUAUGGGAAUGUGAUCAAAAUUUCUCAUCAAAUAGGAGUUGAUGUCAAAGACCCAGCAAUUUCAGAUCUUCUUGGGAAUGUUCGAACCCAAUUGCAAAAGAAGGAGAGAAAGCUCAAGGAUAUAGUGAGGAGUGGGAAUUGCAUAGUGAGGAAGUUCCAAAAGCACCAUGAGGAACAAAUUCAACUUGAUGAAGAACAGUUGCUUGCUCAAGUAGGAUUAAGAUUGGUGUCAAGGGUGAUGCACAUGAAAAAAUUGAGAAAAGAUCAACUAAUGUGGUGUAAUGAAAAGUUGAACAGAAUCAAAUUCGAUGGCAGGAAGGUCCAAGUGGAGCCUUCUUUUUUGUUUUUUCCUUGUUGAUUGAUUCAACUGGACCUGCCACAGUAUAUAUAUUAUUGGAUGUAGAGAUACUUGUUUCCGCAUAAAACUGAAUAGUAGCAUACACAAACUGGAAUCUUAACAAAAUCUUAGUGUAUA